AUUGUGAAAUAUAUGAGUACGGCCGUACAGAAUUAUUAUUAGUGCAAUGAGCGAUGUUACCGUUAUAAAAGAAAGCUACUAUGUGAAACCUGCAAACUGCAGGUUAAGAGGCGUAAAGCGAAGCAAGUUUUGCUGAGCUGCUGUACUGUCUUGUAGUCCAAACACGCAUGCGCGCUUGGUUGUCCUGUUGUGUAAUUGGUGAGGGGUCGCACUUUUUUCAGACCAGAUCAGCCGCUUGGAAACCAGGGGAGUAAAUAUUGUGCCCUUUGGAACAGGUGCCCGCUGUACGGGGGGAGUCUGGGCAGCCAAGAUGAGACUGUGUGGGCUUCGCAGAGGGGCAGAACUUCUACGGACUUGUGGGUUAGCCGAAUACCACACCUCGUACAGGGCGUUAAGCAAUUUGCCAGAUGAGAAGAAGGAACUCAUCAAGAAUGGACCCGAUCUGCAGGACUUUCUGUCGGGAGAGCUAACUGAUAAGAGUUCCUGGGCUGCAUACAAAGGCAACUUAAAGAGGCUGAAAGGAGAGAGAUUAAGACUCCCACCUUGGGUGAGGACUGAAAUCCCAAUGGGUAAAAAUUACAACAAGCUGAAAAACACACUGCGAAACCUUAAUCUUCACACUGUGUGUGAAGAAGCUCGGUGUCCUAAUAUUGGGGAGUGCUGGGGGGGAGGAGAAUACGGCACGGCCACAGCAACUAUAAUGUUGAUGGGUGACACAUGUACCCGAGGUUGUCGUUUCUGUUCGGUGAAAACUGCAAGGAACCCUCCUCCCCUGGACCCAGAUGAGCCAUUUAAUACAGCAAAAGCAAUUGCAGACUGGGGCCUGGAUUAUGUAGUACUGACAUCAGUAGACCGAGACGACAUUUCAGAUGGGGGUGCUGAGCACAUUGCAAAAACAGUGUCACUGUUAAAAGAGAGAAACCAAACAAUUCUUAUUGAAUGCCUCACGCCAGAUUUCCGAGGAAACCUGAAGGCAGUGGAAACUGUAGCUGGGUCUGGGUUGGAUGUUUAUGCCCACAAUGUAGAGACUGUUCCAGCACUGCAAAGGCAUGUACGUGAUCCUAGAGCUAAUUUUGACCAGUCAGUGAAUGUUCUGAAACACGCCAAAAAUGUACGGCCUGAACUUAUAUCCAAAACAUCCAUCAUGUUGGGCUUAGGGGAAACAGAUGAACAAAUCUACUCCACAAUGAAAGCACUGCGAGAAGCGGGUGUGGAUUGUUUGACCCUUGGUCAGUACAUGCAGCCGACAAAACGACAUCUUAAGGUUGAGGAGUACAUCACGCCGGAGAAGUUUAAGUAUUGGGAAAAAGUGGGCAAUGAAUUAGGGUUCCUUUACACAGCUAGUGGCCCUCUAGUUCGCUCUUCUUACAAAGCAGGUGAAUUCUUUUUGAAGAACUUGAUUGAGAGAAGAAAAACUAAAGCUGUUUAAAGAGAGACCCCCUGUUGUUGACUUAAUGCCAGAGCCCUGAGAGAAAGGAAUGAUUUCAUAAAAAGGGUACAGUUAGUAAGUGCUAUCUCAGCACAAGCAGAGCUGGUUCUCACAGUUGGUCCAAAUUCCCCCUGUCCAAGGCAGGCACCGCUUUGCUAACCCAGAGUACUGUAGGAGGCAUGAGUAUUGUAAAAAUGUAAUUUCUUGUAGGUUGGUUUGUCAGGCCCAUUAUGCAACCCACUGCAUAUUCCAUCUGCUGUUCUAUGAAUCAAUAUGAUGCUCUCUGAUUUAUGAAAAUAAAUGUUUCAAACAUUA